AUGUCUUGUAUGAUUUCGUUGAACUUGCGCGACUCCGCAACAGAUCUGGGAAACUCGAAACAUCCCUCGGAUAAAGCUUGGUUCAAGAGCCUGGCGAUACUGCGAGAUCUACUGAAGGAGUUGACGCCCCAAUUGGCGGUCGCAGCUAUUGCUGCGUGGAUCAAGAGGAUCCCAAGCAAGUCUUUUACCUAUGACCGCCCUCUAUGGCUCCCUGUAUUUCUUGACCACUAUGCGCCCGGAGGAUCAAAUAGUGGCUUGGGAGAAGUUCCAGUGAAUCGCUACGAGCGUAACGACUUAGAACUGCCCAAUGGAGAUCACGUUGAUUUCUGGUGCAUCGAGUGGAACGCCUUUGAACGGCGUGAAGAGCUUUUUGCGGAACCGGCCUUGAGGCAACAGAUGAAGCGAGUGUGGAAAGAGGAACGACUGCCGAUUCUCCAGGCACUUGGGAAGACGGAGGAGGAGCUUACCUGGGAAGAGGACCUCCAGGUAUUUUUUGACUGCACGGGACCGGACAAGGUUCGGAGGCAGUUUGUUAUUGCUACGGUAGUGGAUGACAAAUAUUUGGGAUUUGAUAAGAAAGGGAAGAAUGUCAAAUUAUCAUGUGCGAUCUUGUAG